AUGCCGCCCCCCACCAAACCCGUUGACGUCCCGGCGUUUGCGCGGACACAGCUUGCGCUUCUCGAUGCCGAGCUACAGAGUGAAAUCCAGGAGACCAGCGGCCUCAUCUCCGCCGCCAGUCCCGCGUCUCUCCAACGCGCCGGCCUCGCCGUCACAAACCUCGUCGUGUCUUCGCAGCGCACCGGGCUAGGCGGGAGAACGGUGCUCGAACUAAGCCCGGACGGCGCUACCUCCGGCACCGGGGAGCUGCCCGAGCACGGCGUGCGCACCGGCGACAUCGUGCUCGUCUCCGAGCAGCCGGCCGGCAGCGCCAAGAAGCGCGAGGUUAAGGAUCUCGAGCGCAAGGGGGCCAAGGGCGUCGUGACGAGGAUCAAGAGGGACGUCAUCGCCGUCGCCAUCGACGAGGACAAAGAGGAUGCCGCGUCCUUCCCCGGCCGCGUGUGGCUCGUAAAGCUCGCGGACGACGUCACCUACCGCCGCAUGAACCAGACCAUGGAGAAAAUGCGCGACAUGCCGGAGUCCGAGUACUCUUCUUUCAUGCGCGUCUUGUUCGGGCUCUCGAGCCCGUCACCUGUGCCCUCGGACUUGGCUAAGGAUUCGGAGGUCGGCGAGGGGAAGAUCGAGUGGUUCGAUCCGAUGUUGAAUGAUUCUCAGAAGGAUGCGAUACGGUUCGCGCUGGCGUCUAGCGAGAUAGCGUUGAUUCACGGCCCGCCUGGAACGGGGAAAACGCACACGCUCAUUGAGCUGAUCCUCCAACUAGUCAAGCGCAACCUCCGCGUCCUCGUCUGCGGGCCCUCCAACAUCUCCGUCGACAACAUCGUCGAGCGCCUCUCCCCGCACCGCGUCCCCAUCGUGCGACUGGGACACCCCGCGCGCCUCCUCCCCUCCGUCCUAAGCCACUCCCUCGACGUCCUAACGCAGACCUCCGAGGCCGGCGCCAUCGUCAAGGACGUGCGCGCGGAGAUGGACGCGAAGCAGGCCUCCAUCAAGAAGACGCGCAGCGCCAGGGACCGCCGCGCCAUCUACGCCGACCUCAAGGACCUGCGCAAGGAGUACCGCGAGCGCGAGCGCGCGUGCGUCGGCGCGUUGGUCCGUGGGAGCAAGGUGGUGCUCGCCACGCUGCACGGCGCCGGCGGGUACCAAUUGAAGAACGAGGAGUUCGAUGUUGUGGUGGUGGAUGAGGCGAGCCAGGCGCUCGAGGCGCAGUGCUGGGUCCCGCUGCUCAGGGCGAGGAAGGCCGUCUGCGCGGGCGAUCACCUGCAGUUGCCACCGACGGUCAAGUCGACGAAUUCGAAGACGAAAACGAAAACGAAAGCCGCUAAGCUAGGAGGUGGAGGAGCGGAGGAGGAAGAUGGGGUGGUGCAAAAAGGGGCGAGUCUAGAAACAACGCUCUUCGACCGCCUACUAAAGCUGCACGGGUCCGCCAUCAAGCGCAUGCUCACGACGCAGUACCGCAUGCACGAGAAGAUCAUGCGGUUCCCGUCGGACGAGCUGUACGGCGGCCAGCUCGUCGCCGCGGACGCUGUAAAAGAGCGGCUGCUCCGGGAUCUGCCGUACGAAGUUCAAGACACAGAAGAUACGAGCGAGCCGGUUAUUUUCGUCGAUACGCAGGGAGGGGAUUAUCCCGAGAAGAACGAGGAGGAGGAGGAUGGGGAUGGGAAAGGGGGGAAGAAGAUGUCCGCCAAGUCGCUGUUCGGCGAGAGCAAGAGCAACGAGAUGGAGGCGGCGCUGGUCAAGGCGCAUGUCAAAAAGCUGGUAGAGGCGGGCGUGAGGGCGGAGGAUGUUGCGGUUGUUACGCCUUAUAAUGCACAGCUUGGCCUACUAGCCCCCCUCAAGGAGUCGUUCCCCGGCAUUGAGCUCGGCUCCGUAGACGGCUUCCAGGGCCGGGAGAAGGAGGCCGUGAUUGUGAGUCUGGUGCGGAGCAAUACUGAGGGAGAGGUUGGGUUUCUGAGCGAGAAGCGCCGGUUGAAUGUCGCGAUGACGAGGCCGAAACGCUCACUAGUCGUUGUGGGGGACUCGGAGACGGUUCGCAAAGGGAGCAAGUUUUUAAAUAACUGGAUGGACUGGCUCGAGAAUAACGCCGAUCUGCGUUAUGUUGACUCGGCUUCGUUGUAG